AUGCAACGUUCAGCCAUGUUAAACACCAUCAAGCGCCAAAUGGCAUUCCAGAAAACCCGACCCGCGGUCCAGCCCGCUUGCGACGUUUUCAUAAACCAUCGUGGGGUCGAUACGAAGAGAUCGAUCGCCUCUUUGCUCUACCAUCAGCUCGUGUUUUCAAGAAUCCCGUCGUUUCUUGACAACAAAAACAUGAAGCCCGGGGAUAAAUUGUUUGAGAAUAUCGAUAAUGCGAUAUUGGGGUGCAAGAUCGGGGUGGCGGUCUUUUCACCCCGGUAUUGCGAGUCGUACUUUUGUCUACACGAGCUUGCUUUGAUGAUGGAAACCGGGAAGAAAGUUAUUCCCAUAUUUUGUGACGUGAAGCCCUCUGAGCUUCGGGUCUCGGAUAACAAAAUAUGUACUCCGUCUGAGACGAAAAGGUUCGGUUAUGCCCUUGAAGAGGCUAAGCAUACCGUAGGACUCGCGUUCAACACAACCAAAGGGAAUUGGGCGGACGUGGUAACGUAUGCAGCGGACAUGGUGAAAGAAAGUUUGAUCGAGAUCGACAACGAAAAGUACCCGGCUCGUCACACCCGAAUCUUAUAA